AUGACUUAUUGUGAUUUUCUGGUGGGUGUAUUUCUGUUUUUCUCCUCUAACAGGUUCACGUAUGAGAUUGCCCCUGUGUUUGUUCUAAUGGAGCAGCUGACCCUCAAGAAGAUGAGAGAGAUCAUUGGCUGGCCUAAUGGAGAUGGCGAUGGACUUUUCUCACCAGGUGGCGCUAUAUCAAACAUGUACAGUGUGAUGGUUGCUCGGUACAAGUACUUCCCAGAAGUCAAAACUAAAGGCAUGUCUGCAGCACCACAACUGGUGCUUUUCACAUCUGAACAUAGUCAUUAUUCAAUCAAAAGGGCAGGAGCUGUUCUGGGCUUCGGCAGAGAAAAUGUCAUCCUUCUGAAGACAGAUGAGAGGGGGCGUGUCAUACCGGCUGACCUAGAGGCCAAGAUCAUCGAUGCCAAACAGAAGGGUUAUGUGCCGCUGUUUGUGAAUGCAACAGCUGGAACCACGGUUUACGGAGCAUUUGAUCCCAUCAACGACAUUGCUGACAUCUGCGAGAAGUACAACCUUUGGCUACAUGUGGAUGGUGCAUGGGGUGGAGGACUGUUGAUGUCUAGGAAACACCGUCACAAGUUAAGUGGCAUUGAUAGGGCAAACUCAGUCACGUGGAACCCUCAUAAGAUGAUGGGUGUACCAUUGCAAUGUUCAGCCAUUUUGGUGAGAGAUAAG